CUUGCAAUCAAAAGAUAACUUGCAUCUUCAUUGUAAAUUUUAUUAAGUAAAUUAUUUUUUUUUCCCAGUGACUUCUAAAUAACCCUGUAUAAAAAUAUGCAUUUAUGCCAACUUGUGUUAUUCUUUUUUUAGAAUGACACUUUUUUUUUUUUUAAUUCUUUGGUUAAAUUAUUUGGUGCUGAAAUAGUUAAGUAAUUUAUGGUAACCUCGAUAUAGAUUUACAAACAAAAGGUAUAGUUCCCAUUUAGUGUUUGUUUUUAUAAUCCUCAGCCACCUAAAACCUUGUUACAUGCUAAUUUCAUGAAUAGACUUUAGAGAGUUGAAACCCUUGUUUGUGUGUGCCUUGGAAGGGCCCUACUUAACAGCUAGUGGUGUGUAAAUGUAAUGUAUGUUGCGCCUUCAUUCUGGACAUUUACAGUAAGUUUGUGUGUGCUGUAAAAAUAUACAAAUACCGUUUUUUAUCAAGUUAAUUGAGCAUAUGAAAUAAAACUAGACCAAUUCAUAAACAUGCCAACUACAGAGCUUUGUCACUGGACUGCAUUUUAUAAAUUGCCAUAGCGGUUUAUUAAGAUUAAUGGGUCUACCUUUUUAAGGUUUUUUUUUUCCCUUGUCUACUGUACAUACACUAUCAUAGUAUAACUAAUUUAUGAAAAAUAUAAUCGUGCACGUGAAACAAAGGAGGUGCUUCAUGUCUGUUUUUUUUGAGGCUUAUCGUUUUGUGGUUAGAGUGUAUUGUCUAAGUUCCGUUUUAGUUCCACCCCCAUUUUCACUUGUAGGAUAAGCUGCAGUAAGGCAGCAAAGACUGCUUAUAAAAUACAAUAGAAAAGAUAUGCUGUUUAUACUCUCAAUAAAAAAUGAUAUAGAAAUGCUUAAUACGCAUAAGCUGCCUGAUGUCAAGUGAUUUAAAAAAUGUUUUUAAAUUACUGAAAUACAAUUGUUGAUGGGACGUUCUAGUCAGAAAAUCCAAUUUAAAAUGGCGUUGACACUGCAGGAGUUUACUUACUCUUUAGAUCCAAAGACCCUGCCUAGAAUAAUACAGAUUCAAUCUGGGAUCUAUUUUCAAGGUUCUGUGUAUGAGAUGUUUGGGAAUGAAUGUUGUCUUCCUACUGGUGAAGUGAUAAAGAUUAUAGGCUUAAACAUCUCAACAUUAUCAGCAGAAAUACAGAAAGAAGGCCCAGGCAGCAGGUCUAUUGAGCUACCUCUAGACUACCCAGGUCUUUUCAAGAUUGUAGCAGACAGUGAGGCUUACUAUUCUGUUGGUGAUAUUGUAAAGUCCUUGCAUAUAUGUCCAAAUAGGCUGAGUCAGCCCGUCUUUAAGAGUGCCGUGGACAUUACACUGAGCAAUGAUACAAUACAACAAGGAGAGACUAUCAUGUUCACAUCUCUGGGGGAGGUAAACUCUGAGCAGUUUGUGAACACUGAAGUUAUGAGGAAAGAUAAAAAGCAUUCUUUUACACUACCACUGUCCCAGCAAGGAGGGUUUUAUGAAUGUGAAGAUGACCAGUUUUAUACACUGAAGGAGAUAAUAGAAUGGAAGUUGCCCAGAGGCAGAAAGCGAGCUGUGCACUUGGCAAAGACCUCAGCCAAUAAGGAAUUUAAAUUCUGUGAGCUUCCUGAGAAUUUCACAGGGGAACUGACUCUUACACCUGUUUAUGAACUACAAGCAGUUAUGAAGUUUCGCAAGGAUAUCGUGCACAUACCAUCCAGCCUUGAUGUUGAGGUGAUAGAUGUCACGGAUAAGUAUGACAUCAACUCCUUUGUUCAGCCUUUGUCAAUCAACGACAUCUUUAACAGACCUAGUAACAUCUUUCCUAUUGUGGCUGAAAUAAUAGAAGGCCCCGAGCAUACAGUAGAAAGUUUUAAGUUCCUCAAAUUUUGCAAGGAGGUUAUCAUUCAUCGGACCUUACAAGCCAAGAGAAUUCUAGCAUCUGAGAUAAGGAGUGAUGCUCAAAAGCAUUUCUUGAUUCCCUGCACUUACAAUGGGAAGUUCAAAAGAAGGCCACGCGAAUUUCCAACUGCUUAUGACUUGGAAAUUGCCAAGAGCGACAAAGAACAGUUACAUGUUGUGGCAACUAAAGCUUUUGAAUCUCACUAUGAAGGACUGGAAACUGUUUUUGUUGGUGACCAGUUCCUAGUCCAGCAUCGUAAAACUAGUGAGGUCAUAUAUGGUGGGACCCAGAAGACGGUGGAAGCACUGGCCUGUGAGAGAAUUGAAGGCAAAGGCUAUGAGCCUGUGUUAAUCCCAAUGUGUAUGGAAGGAGGCUUUGUGGAAGUGAUACAUGAUAAAAAGCAAUACCACAUCUCUGAGAUCUGCCAGAAGUUCCAGUUGCCCUUCAAUGUUAAAGUGGCCAUGCGUGACCUUUCCAUUGGGGAGGACAUUUUAGCUACCAUGCUUGGGCUACAUCUGGAAGAGGAAAUCACUGAACCUUGCCUUCUCAUUACUCCUCUAAAAAACCUGUCUGAGUGCUGGGAAAUUCCAGUGAAUAGGAUCAAAAUGUCUCUCCAGCUGCUACAUAGACCAGAUAAAGGGACUGAGCCGCCUCCUGUGAAAACAGUGGUGGAAGAGAUCAGUGAAGACUGCUACUACACCCUGCGGAGGUAUGUGAACGCCACCCUGCAUCCUCCUCCACGUCCUCCAAAGAAACCCCUGCAGCCACCAUCCAAAUCAUUUAAGCUUGAGGCACCCCAGCCAAAGAGACCUGAUGCUCCCAGCUCACCAAAGAGUCCACAUGUAAAUACCUCAAAGCCAUUUAAACCAAUCAAAAUCGUCUCCCCAGAACUGCAGAAUGCCACGCCACAAUAUGAGUUUAUGAAGAUAACAGCAACAGAAAGCAAUUUGCAAAAAGUCAGGAGCUCAGAAAAAUUGAUGAAGGAAGAUGAUGAUGGACAUGACUAUGAAUAUAUUGAUCAGGAUGAAGUUGAGAGCAUUAGAAAAAAGUUCCAGGAAAAACACACUGAGAACAAGAAAAACUGCAAACAAAAGACAGGCAACCAGUAUGAAGAACACAUGUGAAAGGUUAAAAGUGAAAUGGUAUUGCACUGGUGUUGUGCUUGUGACUGAAUUAUUAUUAUUAUUUUAUUUUUCAAACUCAAUUUGAAAUACAAAACAUGUUAAAAUAUUUCAUAUAGAAAACUUCUGCUAACACCUACUGUAGAUGUGAAUCUGCUAAUAAUGAUCAAAUGUCAAUCUAUAAAGGAUGUUAGUUUUGCUAUUGACAUGUACUGUACCCUUUAUGAAAGUCUACUAUAGUAAAGGUAUAGCAAAGUUGAAUUAUGCAUAAUGAAACCUUGGGAAGCAUUGUAAAUCACAGACACGGCAGGUAUGGCAAAGUAUAAUAAUUAACAUGGUAAACUAUAGUAAAUACAUUGUAGAACAGUGGGGAAAGCUGUAAAAUUGCAGCAAAUGUAUUGUGGUAAACUUUUGUAAGGGACAGUACAUCAGGUUUGCCACAACUAACGUUCAGAUUAGUUCAGAAAUGUAUUCAGAUUGUAUGUAACUUUGUCAUUUUAGAAUUGUGUUUUUGCAUAUUCCUAAAUUGUUCAAGCAUUGUUACCUUAGUCAUAUUAUUCAUAUUAGUUCUAGACUGUUAAUAGAUAUAUGUCAAAUCUGAGAGAACUUAUCGUAAAAUACAUUCUUGUUUGAUUCUUUUUUUCUUUAAAUUUAUAUUUAUACUGUACACAGAUUAACUGAGAUCAUUAUUUAUAACCAUCUGUCUAUCAAUAACUUCUUAACAUGUUAAUUUGAACACAAAAUUUGAUGUGGUUCCAUUGAAUAUGUGAUUUUUUGUUUGCUUUUUGUUAAAAUCUUGCCUGUCAGGCAUUUCCGGUUUUCUUAUUAAAUAAAUAAAUAAAUAAAUAGUAUCUGCUAUCAUGCUUGACUUUCAGAUAAUCUUGAACUUCUUAGGACCUAGGUACUUUCAACUGGAGAGCAAAAUUCUCCCCAUCCCUUCAGUACUUUUUCAGUCACCAGCCAACAAGUUGUUUCCCCUGCUGAGAGACAUGCUUUGCCGCCAGUAGCAUGAUUUGACUCUGAAGACAAUGCUGGGGUGAAAUCAUUUUGGAAGUGAAACAGUAACAGACUACUUGAACUUAAGGCAUACAAACUGCUAGUUUUCCUAACAUUUAAUUAUAAAUCUUUAAAUAAAAUGAAGAGUUUGACCGACAACUAACUUCAAACUACCUUUUUGUUCAAAUGUGGCAUACUGUAUCUUAUUUUCCAAAUUCCAUCCAUUGAUGUGUUUAGUUUUUAUUCCAGUAUGCACUCUGGUAUUAAAUAAUAUUUUACUUCUAUAAUAAGGAUGACCACAAGAGUCAACAAUAACAUUCUCACAGUGCCUCGGCUAAGUCAUUUAUUCAAGUAUCAUGUUAUUGCCUCGUGUUGUCCAGUGAUUUCUCCUUUUUAACCUGGCUGUUUUCUGUUUUUGCUUAGCUAAACAUGUACAUGCUCUCAUUUUACUUUCUGUUACAUGCAGUCUGUCUGCAUUCUAUCCUGGUCUGUAUACCUUCCGAAGUUAUUUAUUCUGCCUGUCUGCUAAUAAAACUGUGUUCUGGGUUCAGUGAGCUGAUUGUAUAGCCUGUCCUUAUUAUGAGUUACAGUCUAAGAAGAAUUGUGAAGCUGUCCUACUCCAGACUACUGGCAUCUUUCGACAAGAAGGCAAUAACUGUUACAAAGUUAAUCCAUUGUUGCAUAUUGCCCACUAUAAGUAAA